GAUAGCAAACUGUCAAGGGACCUGUCAAAAAAUCGUAGGACUGCUGCACCAGAUGUGCAGAAGAUGCAGCCAUGGGAGUUUGAUGCUUGGCACCCUGUGAGUGCUGUGCUAUGUGACUGCUGAAAUGUGCUCUGAAAGUCAGCAAAAAAGGAGAAAAAUGAAGGCCGGAAGCUCAGUGGGAUCUCUGAGGAAAGUUGCUUCUGAGAAGAUCAUGUGUAACAGCAACAAAUAGAAGUUACAGCCUGAUAAACAAGAAGCUGUGCACAAGUUUGGAAAGGAAGGUGACCAUCAUCUUCUGUGAUCUGAGCAUUUUCUGGCAAACACCUCAGCCAUCGCAUAAGCAGAUCUCCCUCUCAUUGUUAUGUCCACACCACUGGAAGAUGCGAUGGACACCUUGAUCAGGAUUUUCCAUCACUACUCUGGCAAAGAAGGAGACAGAUACAAGCUCAGUAAAGGAGAACUCAAGGAGCUCCUCACCAGUGAGCUCACUGACUUCCUUUCAGGCCAAAAGGACCCGCAUCUGGUUGAUAAGAUUAUGAAAGAUCUGGACUCCAACAAAGACAAUGAAGUGGAUUUUCACGAAUUUGUCAUUCUGGUUGCUGCUUUGACUGUGGCAUGCAAUGAUUUCUUUGAAGAACAGCUGAAAAAAGAGGAAUUUUAAAAAUGCUUAAUACACAAAUGUGAGCAAAGCAUGCCUAGUUAGGUAGCCCUCAUCAGCAUUUAGUGAAUGCAAACCAUCAUCCCUCCAACUGUUACUGCUCUAAGACAUUUACAGAGCAGAUCAGCAGCUGGUGUAAGCUGGACCAAUGCCAGUUUACACUACUUGAGAUCUGGCUUUUAGUAUUUUCAGGUUUUGUGCUGCAUGCAUCUGUAAUGUGCAUUUAUCAGUUGCCAAGGUCAAGGGCUUGGUGUGACAACUCGUUUGGCAGAAGCUGAGACUUCUAUUUCUUAACUGCCAGUGGAAAGUAAAAGGCACAGGAAUGUUACUUAUGUACUUUCUGAAUUUCAAGAUUUGGAAUGAGACGUAAAACUUGCAAUUAAGUCUUCAGUCAUUCUAUAACAAUCAUUAUUUCUUGCAGCUCACAAAAUCCAGCUUGGGUUUUGCUCAGCUCUGCUAAUUCUAAAGCCCUUUUUAGAUGCUGCUCCAUACCUCCCCACACUCUCGUACUUCAGAUGUGGUCACAGCUGUCUCCUGGUGCCUGAGCAGACGGUACCACUUGGCAUUGUUACGGGUUCAUUUCCUCUACCUCCCCUGCUUCAAUUUUGUUGUGUUGGCAUUGCUGCAUCCCAGUAGUCCACCUAUUCAUUCAGCAUAAAUGAAUUUAUUCAUAUGUUAAAUUAUUCAAAUGCAUAGAAGAUUUAGUCAGCAAACUGCUCUGAGGGCUGAUGGAAGGACUGGGUCUUCAGGGGAAAUGCAAAAGCCUUCUGCUUUCACAAUUCUGGCACCCUUAAGAGGAGGACAUUUAAAGGACCAUUUCUGGGGGAUUUAAUGAUAGGGUCUCAGGGUACAUCUUUGUAAUGUGAGUCACCUUAACAAUGAUUUCAUCUUACAGUGAUCCAACACAUUGCAUAGAAGUAGUGCAAAAGGAACAAUUGGACCCCAUGGCCAGGGUUGGAGAGAGUAGAAAAAAUCCCUUUCAGUGUUAACCUGCUCUUGUGUUGAAUUAAAAGUACUUCUGCACUCUUGUUUGAGUUAAGCAUACUUCCAAUCAUACUGCAAAUCCUCAGUGGCAGUGUGUUUUGCCUUCUUUCUUGCAUGGAGAUUUCUCUUUGUUUCUUGUUGU